UGAUGUUUUUUACCUUCAUCACGCCUUCCCCAUUUCCUUCCCCCUUUUCACGGUUCACUUUUUUUGUGACCCCCCCCCCCCUACCCUCAAUGACUGCAAAUGGUUUUACACUCAUAGUUGUUCUGUUUUAACCCUUCGACUACAAUGCAAUAGCUUGCCUCCCAGACUUGAUGCCUUCCCCGUGGUCAAUCCUGUGUCCAAGAACAUUUUGUGUCUUUGUGCGUUUUCUUCCUGAUUUUUAUAUUAUGAUCUAUAUUUCUAUCAACCUCCAACUUUGCAGCAAAUGACAGUGUGGGCUCAAAGACCAAAUAUUUCUGUGAUAUUUAUGUGCAAAAUUACAUUUUUUUAUCAGUGUGCGUGCAAUAAAACAAAGAAGGAAACCCCCACGUAGGGUUACCAUGCUUUUCAGUGGGAGAGGUGGUUAGGUGUUCAAUGUUCAACGGGCUUAUUCACCUAACAGACGUGGGUCGCAGAUGGGUUGUGUGCGAGUCGAAGGGUUAACACUCCCAUGUGAGCGACAGCCUAAAUUAUGUCGGUGAAGGGCAGUGGCCCUCUUGCCGUAGUAUGUGAGGAUUAAGAGCACGUUUGAGGGUUAGUUCUGGUGUAAUUCACCGGCCAGCUGUAGAUCCCAAGGCAGGCAGUGGAGAGAAAUACACUUGGUCACGUUGGCGCAGGCGACUCAGGAUCAUUAGAGUUCUUUAAAGGUUGUACAAAAAGUCAUAAUCUGGCUUAAUCUGCUUUCCCAGUUUGACUUUAACUUUAUAGUCCCAUGGUUACGUAACUACCUCUGUGGGCUUGUCGAAUGUAAAAUAGCCUUGGGCCUCAGCAUCAGACAUAACAAGUUACAUACAAGUGUAGCCAGCCGUUCUCUCUUAUCAGACUGGAACCUACGAGAGCUAGUUUACCGUUCUCUCCAUUUUAUUAUCCCUGCCACAGACAACAUUAUAUCUUAAAUGGCCCAAGUGCUCCACGACUGGUCUAGGGCUUUUCUAAAGCCUGCAUGUAGAGAGAGUUAAAUGUACAAAGUUGUUGUGUUAAAUAUAUUUUUAUUUUACAACUCUCUCUCUCUCUGUAAAAUACAAAUAUGUUAUCAAGAAAAUUGUGUACCACAAUACCACAGGCCCAUACUAACUGUCCUUAAUUUCUCUCCUACAGCAGUACUGCUUUGCCAGUCCUGUACUGCACUCUGUUAAGGGUGCAGCAACUCAUCCUGUGUAGGUUAUGGGGAACACAGAGGGCUGUGCGCUUAUCAGUUUUGGUCAGGGUCCACUGGCUGCUUGUUUUGGGUUCUGUGAGAGGAAUCAGACGCAGCCCAGCUACAACACCCCCCACCCCCCCCCCCAAGAGCUACUUAGACUUUUUUAUUUGGCUUAUCAUGCCAAUUUAGAUGAAACUUCCCUUGCAUUCACGAUGCAAAAGUUACUGCCCACAUAUUUGACGAUAUCUCGCAUCCUUAUUUCAUCUCUGUCCUCAAAAGGAAGUCAUGAUUUAAAAUGUAGGCGGCAUAGGAUAAUAACCAGGGCUGGUGUGGCAUGUCGACGGGGCUCUGACAUGUCACACCACCAUAUAUUCUGAUAGUUGGACUAGAUUCAUCCUAAUUUCUUUUCCCACAUUUUUAUAUUAGAAUGCCAAAAUAGAGCCUCAUAUAUUUAAUGUCAUUCCUAGAUGUAGCCUCAAACAUCUUGACUUCAUAUUUUUAUAUUCUAGUCUAAAAAAUUGGGACUCUGGACCAUAUUAUAUUUAUUUAUUCGUGACCCAGCCAGAUCUAUAUAUUUUUUGAGUGCCGUAAAUCAAUGCAACACAGGUGGUAUACUGUUGUGUGUGAGUUCGAACCCUUUUCCAAAGUGUUACUAAUGGUAAAGAGACAUUUUCUAGGCUUCUUUUCUCCCGGUUGAAGUCUGACUGCAGAGGGACCAUGGCACUGAAAGUGGGGCAAAACGCCGGACCCCAAGCUGCAGGUCAGGUCGUACGUGGACGUCAUGUUGGAGCAAAACCUGUCCAAAGAGGAGAGGGAGAUCCGUCUGCAGAUGGUAGAGAAGGCCAAAGCCGGGGAGCUGAAGGUCGUCAACGGGUCCGCUGCCUCUCAGGCCGCCGCCGCCGCCAAACGCAAACGUCGCUGGGACCAGACCGCUGACCAAACCCCCACGAAUACCACACCCAAAAAGAUGUCCAGCUGGGACCAAGCUGACUCGUCUGCUGAGACUCCAGGACACACCCCGGGACACACCCCCGCACACACGCCCUCAAACAGCCGAUGGGACGAAACCCCCGGGCGCUCCAAGGGCAGCGAGACCCCAGGGGCCACUCCCAGUACCCGCAUGUGGGAUCCCACUCCCAGUCACACACCCGCCGGCGCCGCCACCCCCGGCAGGGACACGCCCGGCCACGCCACGCCCGGCCACGGCGGUUCCACGGGAAGCGUACGCAAGAACCGCUGGGACGAAACCCCAAAGACGGAGAGGGAGACCCCGGGACACGGCAGCGGCUGGGCCGAAACGCCACGCACGGACAGGGGAGACGAGUCGGUGGGCGAGACGCCGACCCCGGGGGCCAGUAAGAGGAAGUCUCGGUGGGACGAAACCCCCGCCAGUCAGAUGGGAUCCUCUACACCACUGCUGACCCCAGGGAAAACUCCCAUUGGCACGCCAGCGAUGAACAUGGCUACCCCAACACCCGGGCACCUGAUGAGCAUGACUCCAGAGCAGCUGCAGGCGUGGCGGUGGGAGCGCGAGAUCGACGAGCGGAACCGGCCUCUCACGGACGAUGAGCUCGAUGCCAUGUUCCCAGAGGGAUACAAGGUUUUGCCGCCGCCAGCGGGCUACGUGCCGAUCCGCACCCCGGCCCGUAAGUUGUCCGCCACGCCGACCCCCCUCGGAGGCAUGACGGGCUUCCACAUGCAGGUGGAGGACCGCACCACCAAACAGAUGAACGACCAGCCCUCAGGAAACCUGCCCUUCCUCAAGCCCGAUGACAUCCAGUAUUUCGACAAACUGCUGGUAGAGGUGGAUGAGUCCACGCUGAGCCCCGAGGAGCAAAAAGAGAGGAAGAUCAUGAAGCUGCUGCUGAAGAUCAAAAAUGGAACACCGCCCAUGAGAAAGGCCGCUCUGCGUCAGAUCACGGAUAAAGCUCGUGAGUUCGGCGCCGGCCCGCUGUUCAACCAGAUCCUGCCGCUGCUCAUGUCGCCCACCCUGGAGGACCAGGAGCGCCACUUGCUGGUGAAAGUCAUCGACCGCAUCCUCUACAAGCUGGACGACUUGGUUCGACCAUACGUACACAAGAUCCUGGUGGUGAUUGAGCCGCUGCUGAUUGAUGAGGACUACUACGCCCGAGUAGAAGGCAGAGAAAUCAUCUCCAACUUGGCAAAGGCCGCCGGUUUGGCCACCAUGAUCUCCACCAUGAGGCCCGAUAUCGACAACAUGGACGAGUACGUCAGGAACACCACGGCCCGGGCGUUCGCCGUGGUGGCCUCCGCCCUCGGCAUUCCCUCCCUCCUCCCGUUUCUCAAAGCCGUGUGCAAAAGCAAGAAGUCCUGGCAGGCCCGGCACACGGGCAUCAAGAUCGUGCAGCAGAUCGCCAUCCUCAUGGGCUGCGCCAUUCUGCCCCACCUCCGCAGCUUGGUGGAGAUCAUCGAACACGGUCUGGUGGACGAGCAGCAGAAGGUGAGGACCAUCAGCGCCCUGGCCAUCGCCGCCCUCGCCGAAGCCGCCACGCCGUACGGUAUCGAGUCCUUCGACUCGGUGCUCAAGCCCCUCUGGAAGGGCAUCCGGCAGCACAGAGGAAAGGGUCUGGCCGCCUUCCUCAAAGCCAUCGGUUACCUGAUCCCGCUGAUGGACGCCGAGUACGCCAACUACUACACCCGGGAGGUGAUGCUGAUCCUCAUCAGAGAGUUCCAGUCCCCCGACGAGGAGAUGAAGAAGAUUGUCCUCAAGGUGGUGAAGCAGUGCUGCGGCACCGACGGUGUGGAAGCCAACUACAUCAAGACUGAGAUCCUGCCGCCCUUCUUCAAGCACUUCUGGCAGCACCGGAUGGCCCUGGACAGACGCAACUACAGACAGUUGGUGGACACCACGGUGGAGUUGGCCAACAAAGUGGGCGCGGCGGAGAUCAUCUCUCGCAUCGUGGACGACCUGAAGGACGAGGCGGAGCAGUACAGGAAGAUGGUGAUGGAGACCAUCGAGAAGAUCAUGGGCAACCUGGGCGCCGCCGACAUCGACCACAAGCUGGAGGAGCAGCUGAUCGACGGCAUCCUGUACGCCUUCCAGGAGCAGACGACCGAGGACUCCGUGAUGCUGAACGGUUUCGGCACGGUGGUGAACGCCCUCGGGAAGCGCGUGAAGCCCUACCUGCCUCAGAUCUGCGGCACGGUGCUCUGGCGUCUCAACAACAAGUCCGCCAAAGUCCGUCAGCAGGCCGCCGACCUCAUCUCCCGCACCGCCGUGGUGAUGAAGACUUGCCAGGAGGAGAAGCUGAUGGGUCACCUGGGGGUGGUGCUGUACGAGUACCUGGGAGAAGAGUACCCGGAGGUCCUGGGCAGCAUCCUGGGAGCCCUGAAGGCCAUCGUCAACGUGAUCGGUAUGCACAAGAUGACCCCGCCCAUCAAAGACCUGCUCCCUCGUCUGACUCCCAUCCUGAAGAACAGGCACGAGAAGGUGCAGGAGAACUGCAUCGACCUGGUGGGCCGCAUCGCCGACAGGGGUGCUGAAUACGUGUCGGCCAGGGAGUGGAUGAGGAUCUGCUUCGAGCUGCUGGAGCUGCUGAAGGCUCACAAGAAAGCCAUCCGCAGAGCCACCGUCAACACGUUCGGCUACAUCGCCAAAGCCAUCGGCCCCCACGACGUGUUGGCCACGCUGCUCAACAACCUGAAGGUCCAGGAGCGCCAGAACCGCGUCUGCACCACGGUGGCCAUCGCCAUCGUGGCCGAGACCUGCUCGCCGUUCACGGUGCUGCCGGCGCUCAUGAACGAGUACCGCGUGCCGGAGCUCAACGUGCAGAACGGCGUGCUCAAGUCGCUCUCCUUCCUGUUCGAGUACAUCGGCGAGAUGGGCAAGGACUACAUCUACGCCGUCACGCCGCUGCUGGAGGACGCGCUCAUGGACCGAGACCUGGUCCACCGGCAGACGGCGAGCGCCGUGGUGCAGCACAUGUCUCUGGGCGUCUACGGCUUCGGCUGCGAGGACUCGCUGAACCACCUGCUGAACUACGUGUGGCCCAACGUGUUCGAGACGUCGCCGCACGUCAUCCAGGCCGUCAUGGGCGCCCUGGAGGGCCUGAGGGUCGCCAUCGGGCCCUGCAGGAUGCUGCAGUACUGCUUACAGGGUCUGUUCCACCCGGCCAGGAAGGUGCGUGACGUCUACUGGAAGAUCUACAACUCGAUCUACAUCGGCUCUCAGGACGCGCUGAUCGCUCACUACCCGCAGGUGUUCAACGACGACAAGAACAUGUACGUCCGCUACGAGCUGGACUACGCCCUGUAACACGCCCUCCACACGCCCUUCUCUCUCUCUCUCUCCGUCGUCCCCAGACUCCUGACUCGAGUCGGUUUCUAUUUAGCGACGGCAAUGUUUUUUUUCUUUUUUUCCCACGGUAAAAAAAUUAAUAAAAACUCCACCCGACAGCGGCUGCAUUCAGCUUCUGCCUGAAGCCACUUUAUGGCCCCGAGGAACGAGCAUGAAAGUAUGAAAGUAGGAGGAACAAGAGGAACCUUGUAGAGUGUCUGUAUGUAUCUCCUUUUCUUUUUUUAUUGCCACUCUUUUUGAGUGUUUUCGCUGUAAGGAAAACGGCCGAGGUCACCGGCCUCCAUUUGAAGAAUGCCGACGUCGUCGCAACAUUUUAAAUAUUUUGAUUAUUUUUGUUUUGUUUAGUGUGUAAAUUCUCGACCUCCCUUUACACGCCCCCCCCCCCUCGUUUCACCCCUCUGUUCUUAUUAGGUUGUCGCUUUAUUUAACCGAAUAAAAUGUUUGUGUAUAAAAUUCCAA